GAUGGUCGCUACUUGCUGGGGGUGUUAAAAGGAGAGAAGAUUCGGAGGGAGCGAGCGAGUGAGAGUGAGAGAUCCAGGGGUGAUGCAAUCUGAGCCGUUGGCUCGACCACGUGAUUGGAUCCGUGCCGUCGAUCGCAGUCGUCGUCUCGUCGCUGACGGGGAAGGCGGUCGGUGUUCCUUCGCUCGCGCUUGGCCUGCUUCCUGACCAGAUCUGCGACUCUGGUGAAUUGGAUUCGGAAUCGUCUCGUGUUUAGUUCUUGUGAAGUGGUUCAGUUCAUUUGAUUCAUCCAUCAUCCAAAACGAUGGCUUCUCCACUGUAGGGGAAGCACGCGAUCACCUACACUUCCAUCUGAUGGUCAUUAUCUGAUGGCAGUAUAGUUGAUACAUGAUUGAUGGCGCUCCAUAUCUUCCUCUCUUCAUAACCACGUCAGCCUUGGUGUUUGGCGUGUGCUUGAGGGAGAAGAGAAGGAAGAAGAGGAGCCUUGGUGAUAAUCUCUCAACCCCCUCUUCCCUAUUCCAUGUCUCCUAACUUGGACAGCCCUGUCCAGACCCAGAUGGCAGUUGCAGUUUUCAACCGCACUCUCAGCAGUGAAUGCCAUGGGAACAAGAAAAGUGAGGGAAAGCCUGCAGGAAGGAGACGUGUGUUCGUCCAAACUGACACCGGCUGUGUCGUGGGUAUUGAACUGGAUCGUGGAGACAAUGCCCACACUGUAAAGAGGAGGUUGCAAUUGGCUCUUAAUGUGCCCAUUGAGGAGAGCUCACUUACAUUUGGUGAUCGAGUGUUGAAAAAUGAUCUAAUGGGAGUUCGGAAUGAUUCCCCAUUACUUCUCACGAGGAAUUUUCUUCACAGGAGUUCUUCCACCCCAUGUCUCUCCCCAACUGGAAGGGAACACCAGCAGAGAGAUCAGAGUGGGCCAAUUGAAAUAUUAGGGUGCUCAAGCCAAUGCUCACGAACAAAACAGCUUGUUAAGGAUGCAGUCAAAGCUAUUAAAAGUGGUGUUGAACCCAUCCCUGUUCACAGUGGGCUUGGGGGUGCCUACUACUUCAGGAACAGCAGAGGGGAGAGCAUUGCUAUCGUGAAGCCUACGGAUGAGGAGCCAUUUGCACCAAAUAAUCCGAAAGGUUUUGUUGGGAAAGCCCUUGGCCAACCAGGCCUGAAAAGAUCAGUGCGGGUUGGUGAGACAGGGUUUAGGGAGGUUGCUGCAUACCUCCUGGACUAUGAUCAUUUUGCCAACGUUCCCCCAACAAUCCUUGUAAAGAUAACCCACUCAGUCUUCCAUGUGAAUGAUGGGGUCAACUAUGCAAAUGGUAAGGCUCAUGACAGGUCUCAAGCUGUCAGCAAGAUUGCAUCAUUUCAGCAGUUUAUCCCUCAUGACUUCGAUGCUAGUGAUCAUGGGACCUCUAGCUUUCCUGUUGCAGCUAUACACAGGAUUGGUAUGCUUGAUAUUAGAAUCUUCAACACAGACAGACAUGCUGGGAACCUUCUAGUGAGGAAGCUUGUAGGUGGAACUGGUAGAUUUGGGGCUCAGACAGAACUCAUUCCAAUAGAUCAUGGUCUCUGCCUGCCAGAGAGCUUGGAGGAUCCUUAUUUUGAAUGGAUCCACUGGCCACAGGCAUCAAUACCUUUCUCUGAGGAUGAGCUUGAGUACAUUGCUAAUCUUGAUCCAGUUAGAGAUUCUGACAUGCUUCGAAUGGAGCUGCCUAUGAUCCGUGAAGCAUGUCUAAGGGUUUUGAUCCUUUCUACAAUUUUUCUCAAGGAAGCAGCAGCGUUUGGGCUUUGCCUGGCAGAAAUUGGUGAGAUGAUGAGCAGGGAGUUCAGGGGUUUGGAAGAAGAGCCUAGCGAGCUGGAGGUUGUGUGCAUUGAGGCAAGGAGGUUAGUAGCUGAAAGAGAGGUAUUUUCUCCAGGAGCUGAACCAGUAGAUGAAGAUGUAAUACAGUUUGACAUUGAUUGUGAAGAUGCUGAACCAGUGAUGCCCAAAACACCACCAUCCUACAAUUUUGGGUUCAAGGGAGGGUGUUCCAGAAGCCUGCUUUCAAAAUUAGAUGAGAGCUUGGAAGAGGAGGAAAACAAUUAUAACAAUGAAAAGAGCAAUGUGGAAGAAGUUACUUGCUUUCUGCCUGCUUGCCAUCGGUUUCCAAAUGUUUCAAAGCUGUCCACAUCAUUGAAGGGUGUGAGCCUUACUGAAAAAACUCCACAAUAUCUAGGUCGUGUUCCAAAAGGGAAUGAUACUACAGUUAAAACUAACAAUAGUGGCAGUGGACUUCGGAGUGGGAGCAGGAGCGCAAAGGAGCAGUUGCCUGCAAGUGCGAGCUUUGUGAAUCUGGCAGACAUGGGAGAGGAAGAGUGGGGGUUGUUCCUCGAGAAGUUCCAGGAGCUGCUGUAUGGUGCGUUUCAUGGCCGGAAGUGUGGAGCUGCUGGCCAGAGGCAAUGGCAGAGGCUGGGUGCUUCUUGCCAGUUUUGAGUAAGAGGUUAGACUUAAGAGAAUAGAGAGGAUACGUGUCUGUGGGUUGCAGUUGUUUGUUGUGCCCUUUCUAGGUGUAAAGAAUGGAGAAGGGGGUUUUGAGAAUAAGACCGUCAUGGUUUGGGGCUGGCAAGAGGGUGAUUUGUGUACAAGGGAUGAGGUGGAGGUGCUUCUGCAGGUGGUUGUGCUUUUGUAUGUAUCUUUCAGGUCUUGGUUAACUAUCAGUUAUGGGAAGGAGGAGGCGAGUGUGAUUGCCUGCCCUUUUUUACCUCUCAUUUUAUGCCUUCUUAGGAGUUGUUAUUAACAAUAAACAAUUAGAAAAGUUAUGUACAUCUGCUUAUAUAACUUUAGGAUGCUACUUUAGUCUGUUAUUUUUUAUUAUAUAUGGAUGUGUUAGUGUUGGUCUAU